AUGGCUGCACAUGAUGCUCUAGCUAGUGGUGAUAUUACUCUAGAAGAAUUUACAGUAAUGAUGAAUGAGUAUGUUCCAACAAGUACUCUUGGAUUACGUGAUUUAUUUAAUACAUUUGAUUUAAGUGGCGAUGGUUGUGUGGAUAAACAAGAAUUUGAACAGGUUAUGAAAGAAAAAGGCAAAGAAUUAAAUCAAGAUCAAAUUGAAAUAUUUAAUAAGAAAUUUCAACAAGAUGAAAAUUGCAAAGUUACUUAUGAACGUAUGUAA